UUAACUUUUUUGUGUACAUUGGGCGAUGAUCGUAGACAAGUACAGCAUGAAGCGCCCAAAAUUUAAGACGGUGUUUUGAGGGAAGUACAAGGCAUGAUAGUUUGAGGUUAUUUUUAUUAAUUCCUGUAAACACUAAACUUUGAGAACAUCAUUUCACUGAUGAUCUUUCUUCACCAGCAGUGUAACUGCCCUUUGCAAAAAUGAAUACCUUUAGUCUAUGUUUAGUUUUAAUUAUUUUCCUCAUCGAUCUCAAUGUGAUCUCUAGUCAGAGUGUGUCUGUCGGUGGUGAUGUGAAACCAAACACAUUAGUCAUCGCUUUUUUAGUCAGGAAUAAAGCGCAUACUUUACCAUACUUUUUAACAUUACUGGAGAAUCUCAACUAUCCCAAACAGCGGAUUAAACUAUGGAUCCGAAGUGACCACAAUGUCGAUAACUCCAUUGAAAUCCUUGAUGCAUGGCUUUCCAAAGUAUCCUCAUCGUACAGUUCUAUAAAUACUCAUUUCGCACCAUCGCCACCAACGGAAUUUAAGGAUGAAGAAGGACCCACACAUUGGUCAGAGAGUCGGUUCACUCACAUAAUGCGGCUUCGGGAAGAAGCUCUCAUGUACUCAAGAGAGACAUGGGCUGACUACCUACUGUUUAUCGACUGUGAUGUAUUUCUUACUUAUCCGGAUGUGAUACAAGAUAUGGUCUCGAAGAACUAUCCUUUAGUAUCGCCAGUGCUCCAGUCAAGUGGGCUUUACUCCAAUUUCUGGGGCGGCAUGACAAGCGAUUUCUAUUAUUAUCGCUCUGAUGACUAUGAAUCUAUUUUAUUCCGCAAAGAGAAAGGCUGUUUCAAAGUUCCUAUGAUCCACUCUUGUGUCUUCAUUGAUCUGAGGUAUCAGUCCACUGAUAAAUUAUCUUACUUACCGGAAAAAGUUCCUGGCUAUCAUGGUCCACAUGAUGAUAUCAUCACAUUCGCCCUAGCAGCAAAUUUGUCUGGUAUUCCACUUCAUGUCUGUAAUGAAAAUACUCACGGAUUUGUUAUGGUCCCAUUAGAAAGAGACACUCCUCUAGAAUCUGAUGAAAGCCAGUUGACGAACAUCAAGCUUGAAGUUUUAUUGACCGGGCCGCCGCUGUCAGUUAGUGAAUCGUUGUCGCGUUUUGUGAAAAAAAGUGAAAAAACAUCUUGGGGACUUAGUCGGACAUACCUCAUCAACUUAGAGCGCAGACCUGAACGUAGAAAACGAAUGAUGGACUGCUUUGAUGUGCUAGGACUGGAGGUGACUGUACUCAAUGCAGUUGAUGGCAGUUUAUUGGACGAAACGGAGCUGACCCGUCGAGGUGUACAGUUCCUCCCCGGAUAUCGGGACCCCUACCACAAAAGGCCGAUGACCAAAGGCGAGAUUGGGUGUUUCCUGAGCCACUUCCGCAUUUGGAAAGAGAUAGUCGAGGAAAACUUGGAUGUAGUCAUGGUCUUAGAAGACGAUGUCCGAUUCGAGCAUUAUUUCAAAAGUAAACUGGAACAAGUCUUGGACGAAUUGAGAACUUUGCCUGAUUUUGACUGGGAUUUCGUGUACUUGGGCCGAAAGCGACUCUUGCAGAACGUAACAGAGGAUCAGGUCAUCGGAUCAGAGUUUUUGCGGCACGUCUCCUACUCGUACUGGACGAUUGGCUACCUUAUAAGUCUCUCAGGUGCUCAGAAACUGCUGGCUGCCAAACCUUUGAAUAACCUGCUACCAGUCGAUGAAUUCCUGCCCAUCAUGUACAAUCAGCAGCCCCAAGAAUCUUGGGCACAGUAUUACCCAGAACGGAACUUACUAGCGUACGUGGCAGAACCCCUCUUGUUAUAUCCAGCUCUGUAUGUUAACGAACCGGGAUAUGUCAGCGAUACUGAAAAUUCUACAACCAUCAAAGUUACCCAAACGACUGAAAGGAGGGAAGAGCUGUAAAACUUCUUAUUUCAACUUUGUUGCCUCUUCCUUGAUGGAAAAUGUUGCAUCUGCUAUCUUACUAAUGGAUUUUGAAUUGAUAUCAAUAUUUCUGAGAUAGUUGUUCUACUCUGACGCAAUUAACUGGUGGUGAUAAAAAUAUUUAUCCAGGAUCUGAUUUAUAAUUUCUUGUACUCUAACUGACUGAAAUUAUUAACCAUGUGCCAUAUCUUGUCUCUGAUAAGUUACCUGUUUUAUCCUCUUGUGCAAACACUGAAGCUGAAUUCUGCCAGGGCCAAGAAAAAUGGUAAACUUGUCUGAACUAUGUAAUUUACAUAAAAAUGAUUGUAAUUUUUUUUACCUUCAAAAUUGAUUUCCUAAACAAGUUUGUGCUUCUAGUAAUAGAUGGCUCAAUCACUUUGCAUUGAAAUUAAAGUAUUUUUAUAAAAUCUCA